AUGGCGGAACUCGAUGAAGUUAUUCCGACAAUCGACUUGAAAGAGAUUCCUGAUAAGAUUCUGAAUCAGAAAAUCCGUGAAGCGAGUGAGAGAUGGGGAUGUUUCAGGGUGAUAAACCAUGGAGUUUCUUUGUCUUUGAUGUGUGAGAUGAAGAAGACGGUUAGAGAACUCCAUGAACUUCCACUUGAGGUAAAAAUGCUAAACACUGAUGUGCUACUAGGAGGUGGUUACAAGCCUCGUAGUGACCUGAAUCCUCUUUAUGAAUCAUUUGGUGUUUUUGACAUGGCCUCUCCUCAAGUUGUCAAUACAUUUUGUGACCAACUCGAGGCCUCUGCGAAUCAAAGGGAGAUUAUCUUAAAGUAUGGCAAAUCUAUUGAUGGUCUUGCAAGGGAUCUAGCAAGGAGAUUAGGAGAGAGUUACCAGAUAGCAGAAACCGAUUUUUUCAAAGAAUGGCCGAGCCAACUUCGGAUGAACAAAUACCAUUUUAAACCGGAGACUAUUGUUCUUCAAGGUGAUGAAAAUGUUGGUGGACUUGAAGCCAUGGACACUUCUUCAAGAACAUUUUUCCCCAUAAACACAUUGUUAAACACGCUUACCAUAAACCUUGGUGAUACUGCUACGCAUAGAGUGCAAUGCAAAGAAGCAACGGUGAGGAUCUCAAUCUCCUCGUUCCUAUUAGGACCAAUGGAUAGAGGUAUUGAACCUCCAAGCGAAUUUGUGGAUGCCGAACAUCCACGACUAUACAAACCUGUCACAGACGAAGAACUAAGAAAGAUUAGACUAAGUCCGAAUCUGCGUACUUUUAUAACCAUAUGA